GUGUAACAUUGACCUACUAACGACUGGAACUAAGCCUAGUCUAUUCAGCAGUCUGCGAAAAACGUCGCAUACACCGCGUACAGCAGCUACGUACAUGUAGGCCGCCUAUUUCGUGUGUCAAAUUAAAAUAGGCGAUUUUGACGUGUACUGUACUACCACCAGUCGACUAUGGCCACCAUCGACAUGUAAGGUCAUGCAAAUUGACGUAUGCUACAAGUACAAUGACCAUAUCGAUACAUGCUGUGUUUUUUAAUAUUAUCAGCAGAUGUCUGAAGUGCAUGAAGAACAGGUCCUUAACUACACAAUCGCCAUGAACAUGAUGACCUGCAACAUACAUGUCAUGCACUACUGAGUACUGUCACUGGACUGUCAGGCCUACUGUAAGGUGGAGGCUUCUCUUCUGAUUUUAAUGACGUACAUGACCCAUAAUACGGACAUGCUGAUUGCUGGGUGUGAAGAUUGUGGUCAAAGCCAUCUUGGGGAUUGCCCAAUACAUGGACCCUUAUUAAAGGUUCGGGAUAAGAGUAUUCCUACAAGAGCUCGACUUACUUUACCACACUAUCUCAUGCUCAAGGAUCUAGAACUGCACACUGCAAACGAACAAGUUGUUGGUGUGUUUGCUCGUAAGCUCAUCCAACAACGAACUCAGUUUGGACCAUUCAUUGCUCCUAGAGUACCAAAACUGGAGACAUUACGUCUUGAUAAUGCACCCAUCUACAAGGUGUUCAGAAAUGGUAUAGAAGUGUCAACAUUAGAUCUCAGCAAUGAAAAUGCAUGUAGCUGGAUGAUGUUUGUACGGUUAGCAACUACAUUUGAUGAACAGAACUUGGUUGCCUAUCAGUUUAACGAGGACAUCUACUUCGCUACUUGUAAACCUGUGGCACCCCAUGCAGAACUCAGAGUGUGGUAUGCUUCAGACUAUGCUCAUACCAUGAAUGUGACAUUACUGUGUGCAAAUAAACCAGAUGGUUCUGCAAAGACAGAGACAAGUCUGAUACAGUCCACUGAUGAACAAAAUCAAUUUGAUGUUAAAGAGACACUACAAGAACUACAUGAAAAGGACAAGAACAAUAAUUCAGCGUGUGCUAGUUCUUGUGAACCAUGGAAAUGUUCCAAUUGUAGUAAGGUGUUUGGAACAUUUUCUCUGCUUGAAGUGCAUUCAUGUGAAUCCAAGAUUAAGAGAGCCAAACCAUGCCAACAGCAAAACGUCAGGACAUCACAAAACAGGUUAAGUGCAAGGCAGUCAAAAGUUUGUGAGAAGACACAACAGCUAGAGCUUGGGAAUAAAGACUUGCAUGUUUAUACACAAGUGAAAAAGGAGGAAAAUCCUGGCCCUUCAAAGCUACAUGUCAGGAAAGAACCUAUGACUUUUGCUUGUCAUCUUUGUCCAAAGGUUUUUUUAAACCAUGACAAACUGAAAACACAUAGCUAUAUACACACAGGAGAACGUCCAUUCCUGUGCACCAAUAGUCAGUGUACGAAGGCCUUCAUUUCAAAGUAUAAACUAUUGCGGCAUAUGACCACUCAUUCUCCAAUGAAAAUUCAUAUAUGUUCAUACUGCGACAAGAAAUUUCAUCGAAAGGAUCACCUCAAAAAUCACUUGCAAACUCAUGACCCCAAUAAAAUAUCAUUUAGGUGUACUUAUUGUGGUAAGAUGUACAACACCAAACCAGGAUUCAAGAAGCACAUGGCAUUACAUGCUGCUGCAUCUGGUGAGUUAACUUGUAAAAUCUGUAACAAAGACUUUGAAAAUACACACAAUCUACUUGAGCACAUCAAAUUUCAUUCGGGAAAGUCCAGUGGAACUAAAGAGAAGAAGCAUCAAUGUGAACACUGUGAUAGACAGUUUUACACAAGAAAAGAUGUUAGACGCCACAUGGUUGUACACACGGGUAGAAAGGAUUUUCUUUGCCAGGCUUGUGGGCAGAGAUUUGGACGCAAAGAUCACCUUGUAAGACACACAAGAAAGAGCCAUGACAGAAGUAACAAUAUACGGGUUAAAUUGGAUGAACAGGAAUUAGCCACAGCAAAAGUUCAACAAGCACUAGAAAUAGACCAGUUUCAAGGACAACUCCACAUUCCUUUUACUGAAGAGAUUCCUGUGCAUUGCUCUGUGGGACACUUUACACCCUCCUCUCACCGAUUGACAGAUCUAUUAAAAGUCCCCCCAGUGCCGCCACCUACAUUCUCCAACAAGAUAUCACGUGGGUUCCCUUCUCCAGCAAAACAAACAGUGAGAGUAAAUGCAAGGGAGAGAAUGAGGAUAGAGCCAGCAGUGGAAACAGAAAGUUUGAAUGUGAAGAAUAUUUCAGGUCGUCUUUGAUUUGACUCCUGUCCUCAAUUAAUCGAUGAUGCUUCAUAAUGUGUGUCGAUUCACACUAGAAACAUGCACAUACACCUGUUCCAAAAUUGUGGGGACUACACGUCUGUUGGGUGAUAGUUAUUAUGGAGUCCGAAGACACUAUGGGAACAGCAGAAAGUCCCCACAACAAUACCAAAUGUCCCUAAUAAUGAAAAAACGUCCGUAAAACUUGAUGCCGGCUAGGGCACAAAAACACAAAUUUAAAGUUUUUCGGGGGGUUGUAGACAUCCAAAUAAGAGGUGUCUUAGUUUUUCUUUUUUAAUGAUAGGGGAUCGUGAGAAAAAAAAUGUCAGAAAAUAAAUCAAAUUGGUGAAGAGUAGGACAUAAUAUGCAUUGUAUCUAUGUGUUUAAUCUAAAACAAAAUCUGUGGUAAUUUAAAAAUGUAAUCUGCCAAAUCACUUGGCAAUUUUUGGCAAACCGUGUCAUGUGUUUCGGACUCAUCUCUGAGCGUGGACUUAGUUAUUUGAAUUUAACAAAACUGAAUGCACAAAAAGUUUAUACCUUUUGUGCAUUUUCAUAUAACUAUUGCGACCCUCGUGGUACAAAACCAUUUGCACUCUAAUUCCGUUUCUAUGCAUACUGUCUGGUGUGAUAAAGAUGUGCUUACAUUAUUGUGUGUAUGCCUGUACUCAUACAAUGUACAUACAAACAUAAAACAUCUAUUUAAAAAAAGGUAUUGAAACUGUGUUAAAUGUAGUUUAGUAUGAGUCAUUCCUGUUUACCUCAUGACUGAUGGAUAAUGUAUUCUUAUAUAACGAGUUGUUAUUUGACAAAUGGAAGAUGCUUUUUUUGCCAACAUUUUUACCUCAUUUCCUUGAUACCAUCUUUUAACAGUAUUUAAUGUACAGUAAAAAAAAAUGUAUAUGUUUACAUAACUAACUUCAGCUGCUUCACCUGAAAUAAUUAUGUUUUUGAAUGAGUUUAGUUCGAUAUUUAUUAUUCAUUUUAAUCUUUGUUUAACUAACCAGUGUGUUGGGCUAUGCAUUUAUUGUGUAUGGAUUCCUGUUAAACGCAAUAAUUUGUUUUAAACACAUUUAGUGAGGCUGAUAAGUGACAGAAUUGUGCACUUUGUAACUGAAGCAUGAAACUUCGCAUGUAAAGGGCUUCAUGCAGUAAAGAAAAUGUUCAGAUGUGGAGGCAUUUCAUAUCUUACCAAGUGACCUUUGAGAGGUCAGUGACAUUUACAUAACUAUAUUUAUAACCAAUUGUUCUUGAAAAACUACUUUCAUAUGACCAUAGUCUACGUCUUCAUGCCAUGAAAAUAAUGAUCAGAUGUGAAGAACAAUUAUAUUUGACCUCUGGAGACCUUAGAGUGGUCAUUGACCUUUGUAUACCGUAUUUAAAGUUAUUUAUAAGAUUUACUCUUUAAACUCCAACUUGUUCAUUACCCGUAUAUAACAUGUUGGUCUUCUUGCCAUAAUAUGAAUUUUAGAUAUGUGAACAUUUCAUUUUUGAGCUCUGGUGACCUUUGAGCGGUCAGUGAACGUUGUUUACGCUAUUUGCUUCUAUUUAUCAUAUUUAAUCCUCCAAAUGCCACUUAAAGGGCAGACGCAGGCACAACAGAAUAUAAGAAGUACAUCUGGACAAGCAUCACUCUCUAACAGUGACCAGUGGACUUUGAAAAAAAAAGGUUUUUAAAUGUCGUUUCCCAAGUCCAUCUGUGUACAAGGAGUGUAAUAGGUACCGGUACACAAGUGUGAAUACUGCUAGGCAUUUGUACAUAUUCCAUUACAAAAAGGUCCCACCGCCGUCUAUUCCAGUCACAUCAUGUUGUGUCUGCCAACAAAAAUUGUUUGUGGUGUCUGAAUUCAUAACAUGACUGUAGAAUAAGGCGCAAUACCUUUCGUUUGCACUAUUGAGGCUUCGGUCACGAAAAAAUGGCGUUUUGACGAAUUAAUAUGAUAUUGAUGGUCAGAUAAUUAUGUCCCAACAUCUGAAAAUUCUUUUCAUGGCACGAAGAACCGAAUGUUAGACUUGGGUCUUGAAAAAGUGACACUUACAAGGGCAAAUCUUAUAAAUAUCUAUAGAUAGGGUUUACAAAGGUCAUGACCUCUCGAAGGUUACCAGAGAUUAAAUAUGAAGCGUCCCUACAUACAAAAACCAUUUUCAUAGCAUGAUCACCUAAUAUAUUAAUUAUUUAGACUUGGGUCUUAAAAAGAUUGGGGUUUAAAGAUUUGAUCUUCUAAUUUGCUAUAAAUAAGGUUUACAAAUGUCACUGACCUGUGUAAGAUCACCGGAUGUCAGAUAUGAAUUGUUCCCAUAUCAGAUCGUUAUUUUGAUUGUAUAAAGACAUAAUGACGUGCACUUUGGGUCAUAGGAAAGUGCACUCUGAAGAACAAUUGUUAUAUGUAAAGGUCAUGUAUAUGCAAAGUUGAAAUGCCUCCACAUCUUAAAAUUAACUUCAUGGCAUUGAAGAACCAACAUGCGAAGUUUCAUUCUUUAGUCACAAAGUGCACAAUUGUUUCAUAUAUUUGAAAUUAACAGCCCCACUAAUUAGCAUGAAGUUAAAAAUGACAUUUAAAGCUUUAUGAAACUUGCCUUCUGAGUUCACCAGUUGUUUCAAUUCAAAUUAAUGUCUUCGAGAGCUUUGUACAUAAAAAAAGGGUAUUUAUUUUUUUAGUUGUUAUUUUUUUAUGUUCUUUAUACAUAUUUCAUACAUGUAAUAUACUUUGGAUACUUUUUGGUGCAGGUUUACAUUAUCAGGUAACAUUUAAUUAUCUAUUUAAUUGAAAGGGAAGUUACGUUGAAAGUGGUUUUUAGAAGAAGAAUCACUUCAAAUUGAAUUGACGUCUUCUAAGAAGUUUGGCAUUGAAUCCAUAUGACAUCACACGUGCAUAAUAUACCGGUACGCAUAUGUGAUGGGAAAAUUAACAAAAACUAUGUCCAAGACCAGUUUUGUUCUGGAUUUUUUUUUUCAAUAUUGGGUUUUGCCCUCCAGCGACGUAUUUUAUAAACACUGUAAAAUAUUCACUGUCCCGAGUGAUAGUGAGAGAAAAACCAAUCAUUCUGGUGCAAGUCGAGUGCAGACGUCUUACUACUUGACCACCGAGCUUUCACGGUCAUUUUUCCCAGGCGGGUUUUCAUGGCCAUGAAGAGUGCUUUAACUAAAAGUCAUUGUUUGACUACGCUGGGAAAUGAGUUAGAAUGGAAUCAGUUCCCUUUUUAAUGUUUUCCUAUAGUUAAUAUGCAACUAAAAGCACCAAAUAGGUCCAUAAAACCUGCCUGUAAAAAAAUGCUGGUCAAGGACUACUACGAGGAUAUAAUUAUAACGUUAUCCCUAGGUUGUCCUGAAUGUAUUAUAUUGGCAAAAAAAGCGGGACUUUAGAAAAGAGGGACUUCAGACUUCCGAGAUCUGAAGCAAGAUAAAGGCUGCGUGCUGUUAAGUUUUCUCUUAAAUUGUUGGCAGACGUUGAAGUGUAAAACAACAUUGAAAAAUAGGCCAACUAUUUUUUUCACUGCAAGACAGAUUGAUUACAUUGGUAUUUUUUUUUAAAGUAAGAUGUUGCCCACUUUCCACUUGUGCAUUCUUCUGCAAGUAUCAAACAAGGCAACUGUGGACUUCUUGUAGUUUUGUCAAGUAAUCCAUUUCUUAUUAGAAUCAAACUUCUGGGGAAAAGAGGAAGGAGUAGAUUUAUACACUAAUAUGUGAACACCCGUAACUAACGUUGUUCUAUAGUUGCAGUAGAAUGCCAAAAAAUACCACUACGAUCCUGCCAUGCAGUGACAGCCUGUUAUCUCUUUAAUGUUGUUUUCUUCUUACAGGGAUGUUUCUCCCAACCAUUAAAGAGAGAAACUAACAACUCGCAGCUUCCAUCUUGCUCAAACUGUUUGGUUGCUAAUAUUGUGAAAAAUAUACUUUACGAUGUGCAUGAAUCAGUCACAAUUUUAAUGUCACCAAAUGUUUUAAAAGUCACUAUAUAUUUCCCGCAAAAAGUGACUUUCAUUGCACCUCCCACUUCAAAAGCAUCAUUUUGCCACGUUUGGUGUAAAAUGGCAAAAGUUAUUCAUACGUACGGGCAGCUUCCAUACGUAGUUUCCGUGGCGCUUUCCCGCAUUAUGUAUGAGAAGAACUCGCAAAGUGAUGACGUCAUACGCGAGAUAGAUACGGAUAUGGUGCGAAUUUUAAACUUUCUUGUGGGUUCUUCACUUAUUUGGACCCACAAAUUUACUUGGAAAUUUAUGAAUUGAUGUAAUCAUAAUAAUUAGAUCAGAGAGUUCACAGUUCCGUCGUCUGAAAACUUGCCAAUGACACAAUUUUGCAGCUCGAAUGUCUCCCUGUUUACGUCAAUUAUUGCUAUCAUUAUAAACUUGUCAAAUUCAUGUCAUUUACUAGUAUUACUUGUUUAUUCACCGUCAGGAUGUACAUACAUAGCUCUUGUCCAGGGAUCUUUGUAUCCAUAGCUCAUCUCGCUAUUCACUAGGCUACUGUGGUAGCUCGACGACAACCGUACUUUAAAAUGUUUUAAUGUAACUGAUAGACUAACAACAACGCUCUUGAUAUCGUUGUUCUGUUCUCGUGAAUAAACAUACUGGCCCGAUCGAAACUACUGAAUUAUU